GGCAACGUCGUCCCGGACCCAUGCAGCUCUCGCACUGACAUCCAAGAUCCGGAAUUUUCUCGCCCAAGCAAACGAGGCAUUUCUCCAGACCGCCCGGAUCCGGAGCCCAAUCCGGGGCUGACAUCUCCCCCGUUUGACAUGCGCAACACAGGUCUGUCAGCCCGUCCGCCGUUUGUCCGCUUGUCCGUGGGUAGACACGCAUGGGAUGACGAAAGCCGCAGACGGUGCAAUCGAAAACCCGCCAGGCACCGCGGCCCCCUCGAGCUCCCUCGAGCCACCACCCUCGCAGCGGCGAGCUGGGCAGGAAAUGACGCACGCAACGCAUCCCACGACCCUCGCCUCGACGCUGGCAGCUGGCGGGAAGGUCCGUGCGGGGAACAGCGCCAGUGCAGCGCGAGACGCCCUCUUAGUUCGGUCCGAUCGUCCAAUUCACCGCGCGAAGACGAAGCCCCCCCGCUGCUAUUCUCGCUGCCCGCGGAUUCGCGGUGCGGGGCGCGCGGGGAACCCCACGUUCCCUCGCCCGCAGUGCCCCGCCUGCGCUGCGGGGUUCGCAGGCGCACGCCCACGCUCCGGUGCUGGUCGUGGUCCGUGGCGGGUCGUGGUCCGCGGUGCUAUUAGUGGCUGCGUGCGACUCGUCCCGAGCGAGUUCCGCGGCCGGAGCGUCCGAAUUUCGCUGGCAUUCUUCGUGAACAGCUUGUCUCCGUUCGCGCGGGACACGACAGCGCUUGUCAGUGCGACGCUCUUCCCUCCAAGCUCCGUGUCGUACUUCCCCGCUCGCACAAAGAGGUCCGUCGUUCCGCACUGUUCCAACGCCAUCGUUGUACCCUUCGUCAGGUACGCCCGACCUUGGCCGGGGACUUGCCAUCCAAGUCGGAGACGCGGUCGCCCCGCCCCGACCGGCGCGCCGUCCCAGUGUACCACCGCGACGAUCCCGCCAGCGCGUCGAGCUUUGCGGCCAGCCAGGUUGUGCAACGUCCGGUCCGCCGCUGGCGUACGCACGCUCCCGCAAUAUCAUGCGCCAACGUCCAAUGCGGGCCGCGCGAGCAACGACCACCAUUCGCGGUCGAUCAGUGGGCGAUUCCCCAUCACCACCGUGCAUUUGGCAAGCGGCUGCGCGAGUCCGGGGAGGAUCCUCGUGUUCAGAAAAUCCAUCGUGGAUCUGAUUGCCAGACCGCCACCGACGGAUCGCCCCGCGUCGCGUGCGGGAGGGGCGCGUAGCCUAUCCGUCAAAGUUACGUACGUCCGGGCGUCCCUCGAAUUUCGAUACCGUAGGUCGACGCCGACGCCUACGGGUCCUGAUCCUGAUCGACGGGAUAGGCAGCCGCAGCUCAACGCCUCGCGCUUGCGCGCGGGAGAAGCGCGGACUGGGUUGGCGAUUGACGGUGGGGACCGUGCAUCGUGUUGCGGGGAUGCGGGGCUAGCGGGAUUAGCGGUGGGGAUGGCCCCCCGCCCGGUCCUGGGUGCCGCCGGUCCGCGCGCGCGAGACGACUGGGGGAAGCUGCGAAGCCCGAGCUUCGAGCUUCGGUGCGCUCCAUUGUUCGAAAUUGGGGCUAAUGUCGGGAAGAGUGCGGGGAAAGCUUGUUCGGGGGCUUGGGCGUCGGGCCGUGAUGCGUCCAGGGGCUCGGAUUGUUUAGAGAGCGAGUCAGUUGACUAGAGCGAGGACGGCAGCGUUGACGUUGGCGUUGACGACGAUCGUCCUUGGUUGGGCUCCAGCGCGCGACCGACAUUUGCUCGUGGUAUUACCGCCUCGGCUAUGAGGGUCAUCUGCAUCCUGUUACGAUAUGCAUUGAAGCGUCGUCGGACGUCUUGAUGAUGACCUGGUACCAGGACGCAAAGGGAAAGCUUGAGGCGCGCGCACUUUGAUGCGGUCGUCCAUCGUCCAACAGGGUCUUCUACCCCGCAACGCGGGGAAGCGGGGAACA